ACUUGGUUUGGGAGAGGAGCCGCACACUGACUUCAGCUGUACCCAGAAGGACAGACAGGUUCUCCUUCAAAGGGGGAGGGGGAGAGGAAAAGCCAUUUAUUUAUUCCUGAAAAGAAAGCAGGUAGGAAAUUGAAAAGCUAAUAUACAGUUAGACAUACUUAUUUUAAAGAGAAGGAUGCUUUGGAAGACUUUGCUGCUGCUGCUGUUCUAUUACAGUGCUCAUGCCACUGUGACCCACAGAUGGAGCAGAGCCAUGCUUUUCCCAGCUGCUCAGCGAUUCAAGAGGUCCUCAGCUGCCUUCCUUAACCCAGUGCUACAGAACUCGCUGGAAGAUGUGGUCCUGCUUUAUGAGUUUCUUUUAGCUGAGCUUGACAUUGACAAACAUCAGAGGAUCUCCAUCAAAGACGAGGAGCUCGCUUCACUGAGGAAGGCUGCUGAGUUUGACACCAUCUGCAAUGAGAUUAUCCCCAAGAGCAUCACAGAGAUCCGCAGGCUGAGUAGCAGGCUGUCUUCCUACCCAAGGGUCCUCAAGAAAGAAGACUUUGAAAGGACAGUGCUGACCAUGGUCUACACGGCCUACAGGGCUGCUCAGUCCCAGGGGCACCAAAAAGACGCUUGGGCUGAAUCCUUUGUCAGUCUUUACAAAGCCCUGAAGCACGACUUGAUGUUCCCAUACAACAAAGAGCCAUCAUAGUGGGAGACUUGAUGCAACGGCAACUCAGCCACCUUUUCUGGUCGAUAAGGGACACAUGUAGCACGUCCUCCACUUUCUUCUGUAAAGAUUUUAAUAGCCUGCUUCGUGAAAGAUUAUUUGAGAUUAUUUGUUUUCUAGCUCCCUCUUGUGGAAUCCACUUUAUAGUUCCAUGUUAAAUGGGGAAAAAUGUUAUCUUUGGUCCUGGGAAUUUGAUUUUUGUGCUGGCUUGGAGGCACAUUCUGUGGCAGGCAAAGAAGGGAGUCUGAUGUACACCCCAGACAGACAUGCCCUUGUUUCAUCCUGUGGGUUUCCAAUAAGCAAUACAUAAGUAUACUAUGCUUAUGCUCACAUACCUAUGAGUAUGUGCUGGAGAAUGCUGCUUUCCUAGCUGAAUCAAGUUCAUAUUUUGGCUGGCCAGUAAAAGAAUAUAAAUAAUAGAGAGAGGCAAAGGCCUUCUGUAAAAGGAAGAGGUUUCAUAACUGUCAGCCUUCAGAAAUUAUGCCAAAUAUUAUUCAUUCCAAAUAUUCUUGUAACUAAGCACUGUCUGAUUCACUUCAUUUGGCUGAGCCAGAUUUUAAUUGCAAUAACAUUUGCAGAAGACAAAGGGCAUUGUGAACACUAGCAGCAAACAAUGCCUGUGAACAUAUUCCCCAUUUACCUAGAGACACCCUCCCAAACAGUCUGCAAUGAUUCUUUCAUUAUUUGCACAUGACUCUGUUUCUGCUCCUUGUUCUUGUGAAGGGAACAUGGAUUUGUCCUCAGCAGAGUCAAAGGCAAGACAAAGGCCCUGUUUAAUUUAACAAUGACACAUUUUUCCUGGUUCUAUCACUUGAACAUCGGUCAUCUAAACCCAUGCUUCAGAAUCCCCCUGAGGCAAAGGAGGAAGGUGCAUUAAAACAUACCUGGUGCUGAAUUCAGCGGUGUGCCUCAUUUUUGGUGGUAAAUUAUAUAUUCACUUGUGUAUAUGUAUGUAUAUGUUCAUGCAUGUGUGUGCACGUAGAUGCUGAGUACAUGGAAGAAUCCUAAAUUGUUCAGUCAGGGAACAAUUACACCCGACCACUUAGCAGAAAAGGCCAUUCACCAAUCCAGUGGUGGGAAUUAUGAAUUCGGGAGCAGUGCAAAAGCAGUACUUGUUUACAGCAACAAUUUAUUUUUUUUCUUCAGAAACAGUGCAACUGAUCGUUAUAAACUGCAAAAAUACCAUGGACAGAAAAAGGAGAUAUAUCUUGUCAAACAGAUGACUAGCAAUGAAAAAUCCAAACUCUUCUAAACCAAAUCCCCUAAUUUUUGUGAACAAGUUAUAUGAACUUUGUUUCUCUGUUAAUAUUAGAGGUGAUUCUACUUCCAGACCAUGGGAAAAGAGAUGAACAUUUAUUUAAUCCUUUCAUACCAGGACUCCCUAUCUCUCUAUUUGCAUAAUAUCUUGAGCAGACAGGCCCAAAUCACAAAUCCCUGAGGCUGUAAAAGAGAAUUCAAGAUUCCAUCCCCAGUUCUGAAUCAUGUUUAACUGCUUUUGCAUCACUUGAGCAAAAGGAAUGAACUCUUCGGUGUCCCUUAACAGGGAUACUCCAAGGACUGGAGCUGAAAAGAUCCAUCCAGCAGCACCUUGUUGCAGGACACAGCAAAUACUGCAAGCAGACAGAGCGCGCUGGGUUUGGCAAUCACCCGUGGGAAUGCGGAACCACAGCAGCCUUAGGGGCAGGCUGGUAACGCCAUAAGCAGCUGGACAAAGGGCUUAAAAAGGACAGAGUCAGUCUUGUUUCUCUCAGCAGUUUCUGUAUGUGUAUGCAUGAGUGUGCAUGUUCGUGUUUAGACGCGCGUAUGUGUAGGUGCACUUUUAUACCUGAAGACCUUUGUUGGCCAUCUUCGAAGCCUGGCUGGCAUAUGGCCAAGGAAACUGAAAACCUCAACCACAAAGCUAUAAGCCACAAGUAUCUCCUUCUCCUCUACUGGCACACAGAGCUCAGUGUCCACAAAGCAGCUUUGGCUACAGACCACAUACCCUUGAAGCCUUCAGCAUAAACACUGACGACCCGUUUGUGUGUUCUUCCCACGCUACACUUUAUAAACACAUGCAGGGGAAAUGCGAAGGAGUGCACUCCUGCCUUUCGAGCUCUGCUUCUUCUUGGCUCCCUGAAGCGCCACUUGCCGGAAGAGCCUGGAACCAGGGCAACUCAUAAAUCCCUUACAGUCAAUGACUCCAAGUUUGCAAAGAUAACAAGAAAGAGCACCACAGCAAGUAUUAAUUACUAGCAGUUGCCAUCCAGACAAAUACCUCCCAGUCACUCUUCUCAACCCACAACAGGCCUGUCCAGCAGUCAGAGUUUACUCAACAGUAAGUAUCCCGUGGAAAAGAAUUACAGAUAGUUUUGAAUAUCCAAUCAUUGCCUAUGGCAUACAUACCUUCCUGUACCUUACAAAUUGGUAAUUGAAACCUUUACCUCCCCAACAGAACACAAAGUCUUUCUGAGUUUCUUCCCCUCCUCCCAUUACUGUGUGUAGUGUAGGAAAAGAGAUUUAUUCCUUGGGAAUGUGCUUGGACUGCCCAGGUUAAUUUAACAGAGACU